AAGCUCUGCAGCGGGCCAGGGGAGAGCAACAAGAGGAGGUUAGGAGAAGAAGUGAAGAGGAUGAGAAGUCAGUCACUCUGUGUGACAAUACUGCGAAAACUACCUAAAAUUAUUCAAGAGACCGCUUCAGGGAUGGACCUGUCUUUAACUUUAGCUUGACAGAAAUAGGUUUUAUAUCCGGAACCCACUCUGACUUGUCGUCAACACUUAAUUGCCAAAGUGAAAACACGGGGAAAAUGUUCUCCUGCUUCCUCAAAUGGACACUUUUCUGGCUCCUACCCAUAAGCACCGCCACACCAGACGGCGGAACCGUAGAGUUUGGAGACGAGUCCGGCUCCGGGAUGUUGUCGACAGAUGAAGUAAACAUUCUUCAGGAGAUUUCUCUUCAGGUGGUAAACAGCAGUAAUGCCUCCAUGAUUGUGGAGGAUAAGUGUCCAGUUCUGCAGGUGGGACAGUACUCCACCUUGGCUCUUUCCCUGCGACAGCUCUUCACCGAUGGGUUUCUACAUGAGUUCAGUUUAUUGGUGCAGCUGCGGAGUCCUCAGAGACAAGAACACAGUGUUUUCACCAUGCUCAGCCCUAACAACCACCUCAUGAUGCAACUGCGAAUCAGUGCUCAUGCAGUCAUUUUCAUAGGAACACAGCAACAACAUUAUGAGUUCUCAGUCAGCGGCCUGUCUGAUGGAAAGUGGCACCAUGUGUCUCUCAGUGUGUCUGCCAAGCAGCUGGCACUGUAUGUUGACUGCUCUCUGCUGGAGUACGUUGACUGGGACUAUCAUGGCAUGGGGAUCAACACCAAUGGGCUGCUUAUUUUUGGAGGCAUUAUCGAGGGCUUUGAAACUCCCUUAGAAGGCUUUAUCCGACAGCUGACCUUCCUGUUAAACAACCCAGAUGCCGCCCGACAACACUGCAGCCACUACUCGACGUGCUGUGGUGAGACAGCCCCAAAGCCCCCUCGUACUCCCCGUACCAACAACGCCUUGGAGGAUAACCUACAUGUGGAUCCUGAGGAUGAUUCAUUUUUAAGGUUCGACAGAACUAAUAUGUUCCGGCUCCGUGGGAAUUCUAGAGGGGAUGGAACUGUGCCUUCAGGACCUAAACGGAAAGGUUCAUUAAUUCGUGGUGAUGUCUUUUUGGUGGACGAGGAUACUGAUUUGUUGGAUCCAGUCGUUCAAAACGGUGGAAAAGUGAACCCUCAGUGGAAGGGUUCCAGAAAUGGCCUCCAAAAGGGUAAACCUGAUCUUUUCUCUAAACAUUUCGAUGAAAACAUUACCACUGGAAAAAAGACAGAUUCAAAUGGUCAGUUUUCAUCGUUCCCUAAAAAACCUUCUAACGACAUUAUUGACCUGGACACUGGCAAGACCCCCAAAAAGCCAAAAGUGGGAUUUUCUGGACUCCCUACCAUCUCCUCUGAUCCAAGAACUUCCAAAGACUCCAACAAUUUAAAGGAGGAGGCAGAUGCAGAGACCACAACAUUUUUACCUAGAUAUCAUGUCACCACAUCUGGGUCCUUGCCAAAAGAUGUAGUUGAGAAGAACUUUACGCAAAACACAACACACUUUGAUCAUAUAGUUGAGCACAACAAUAAACUGCCAGACAAAAAGCACCCUGAGAUUUUCACCAUUGAAUCUAAGCAGGGAGACCUGGUCCAGGGAUCAGAUGACAAAAUAUAUCGUCUCCAAAAGGGACCACCAGGUGAAUUGGGCCCUCCAGGAUCACAAGGUUGUCAUGGUGAAAAAGGUCUGCCUGGGUUUAAAGGCAAUAGGGGUAAGAUUGGGCCUGAAGGGAGCCCAGGAAAAAAAGGGGAACAAGGACCUCCUGGACCAGCAGGUUUACCAAGUUUCUACCUCUGGAGGAACACUGCUGAGGAAUGGACUGCUUUCCAGCAAACCAGUUUUUACCAACUACUACGUGCUGGUUGGCCUAUUAAGGAAGGUCUAACAGGAUGGCCUGGAGAAGUGGGCAAACCAGGCAUGCAGGGGCCACCUGGUGAACCAGGGCAGAGUGGCCAACCAGGGAUGCAAGGCGAGAUGGGUGAGUGUGGUCCAAGGGGCCCUGUGGGACGACCUGGGGUCCCUGGGAGGGAUGGUGGUAAUGGAGAAGAUGGUCAGCCCGGGUCUCCUGGUGCUCCUGGAUCACAGGGCGCCUGGGGAUACAGAGGGGAACGAGGGUUCAAAGGGGAAAAAGGUGAUGAGGGUCGUGUUGGUCUCAAAGGUAUUAGGGGCGACACUGGUGAACCUGGUGAGAAGGGCUUAACUGGUUUACCUGGCCCACCUGGUCCUCUUGGACCACCAGGACCUCAGGGAAUCCAAGGGGGAUAUGGGCCAGAGGGACCAUGUGGACCUGAUGGGGAGAGGGGCCUGGAUGGUACCCCAGGUCUGACAGGGCUGAUGGGUGCACCAGGUUUAACAGGAAAUGUUGGUGCGAACGGAAUUAAUGGCUCAAGGGGGGACAUGGGACCUAUUGGCAGUAUUGGUCCCAAAGGACCACAGGGACCUCCAGGUUUAGAGGGCCAGUUAGGACUUCCAGGUCAGAGAGGACCCCAAGGACUCCCAGGACAGAUUGGUGGACCUGGGCUGGAAGGAGAUGAUGGGCAUGUGGGACCAAUGGGGGUCGGAGGAUAUCCUGGCUUUGAGGGGCCCAUGGGUGCGCUAGGAGGGGAAGGUCCUAUGGGUUUUCCCGGUACACCGGGUCAAAUUGGUCCAGAUGGUGACAAGGGCAAUAUGGGACCUAAAGGAGACAAAGGUUUUCAGGGAGCAGCAGGUAUUAUGGGUCUUCAGGGAGAGAGGGGCCCCACUGGUUUCCUUGGCUUCCCAGGGACUGAGGGCCAGCCAGGCCCUAAAGGUGAUGUGGGUGUAAAUGGAGAAACUGGCCCUCAGGGAAAACAGGGCAGCCAUGGGUUAAAGGGGAACAGGGGACCUGAUGGACAUAAUGGAAAAUCAGGAAGCAGAGGCAGCAAGGGUCGGAUAGGACAGAGGGGCUACACUGGCCAUCCAGGCACACCGGGCCUGGCUGGACCAUCUGGACCAAAGGGAGUAGAAGGAAAGCCUGGUACACAGGGUCCUUCAGGUGCAGUAGGGAGUUUGGGCAGUAAAGGACAAAUGGGCUUUUGGGGAAUCACUGGUGAGAGAGGAAGAGAUGGUUCACCAGGUUCUUCGGGACCACCAGGAAAGAUAGGACCUCCAGGCUUACUAGGGCCACCAGGAGAUAGGGGUUUCACAGGGAAACCAGGCAUGGAGGGACCUCAGGGCCCAGUAGGCAUGUAUGGUAUCCAGGGAAACACAGGCAUGCGUGGGCCUCCCGGUUUUAUAGGAGAAAGGGGUGAGCCAGGUUUACAAGGUUUACCUGGGCCUUUGGGGAAGUCAGGACCUCCGGGUCCUCGAGGCCCAACUGGACAGAAGGGACUCCAGGGACCUCUGGGUCGGCCUGGAGAUGGAGGGCCUGUGGGGCUACAGGGCCCACCAGGCCCUCCAGGUGUCCCAGGUACUGAAGGGGCACCUGGAAAACCUGGACCCAGGGGAAGCAUUGGGCCUUCAGGACAUCAGGGGCUACAAGGUCCAGUGGGAAUCCCAGGUCCACAGGGUGAGGAUGGAUUACCGGGAGCAUCAGGGGAACAAGGCCCAAAGGGUUUACUUGGUUCACCUGGAGAUGCUGGCCCCCCAGGACAAGUUGGACAACAGGGUCUACCUGGUCAAACCGGAAUUGUGGGCCCACCUGGACGGAAAGCAGACCAGGGGGACAUAGGGCCCUGUAACAGACCUGGUCCUCCAGGGCCUCCAGGAGAAAGAGGUCUUGACGGUCCAAAAGGCUUACAGGGACCAAUGGGACCUGUGGGUAAAGAGGGUGAUGUUGGACCUACUGGUGAAACUGGGAAUACUGGUCCUAAAGGAGAAAAGGGUGAGGUGGGACUUCUAGGUUUAUCUGGUCGAGAGGGACCUUGGGGAGCCCCAGGAAAGAAUGGAGAAAUGGGUCUUAAGGGAGAAAAGGCCCACAUUGGACUAAUGGGUGAAGCGGGGCUGAUGGGAAAAGUGGGACCUGUAGGUCUGGCAGGUUUACAGGGAAUGGCAGGACCUCGGGGAUCCCCGGGACCAGAUGGACCUCUGGGACAAAAGGGGCAGUCUGGGCUUCUGGGAAUUAUUGGACCUCCCGGCUUAGCUGGCCCUCAGGGAAUAACUGGAGCACAUGGUGUCAGAGGCAAAACUGGGAAGCUAGGGCCCCCUGGUCUAUUGGGACAAGUUGGGCCUCAGGGAGACCAUGGAGUUAAAGGAGAACCAGGACCACAGGGACUGAAGGGCAAGCCAGGUCCUCCAGGCCCACAAGGGGAAUGCGGUGAGGAUGGGCUGCCUGGAAUCCAAGGUCCUCCAGCACUCCUGGGGUUUGAGGGUCCUGCUGGAGAGAUGGGACCCCAGGGUCCUCCAGGUCCCACAGGGUCACCAGGACAGCAAGGCAGAGCAGGAGCUGGGGGGAAACAAGGCAUUAAAGGAGAGAAAGGUGAUGAUGGUGAGAAUGGGUUUUUAGGGAAGACAGGGACUGCAGGAAGGAGGGGAAAACGUGGAAAGGCAGGAAUGAGAGGGAUAAGGGGAGACAGAGGACCAAAGGGAGAAAAGGGAGACACAGGACCAGAAGGACUUUCUGGGUGGCCAGGUCUUAUUGGACUUCCUGGGCUGCGUGGAGAGCUGGGAAAUGAAGGUGAAGAAGGAAAAGAGGGAGGAAAAGGGGAAAUAGGACUGCCUGGACCACCCGGAGAUGCUGGUACAAAGGGUAUUUGUGGUCCUGUUGGGUUGCAAGGUCCAGUGGGCCUAAAGGGAGAGCAGGGGAGUAUUGGUCCUCAAGGCCCUCAAGGAACACUAGGGAUGCCAGGGUUACCUGGUUUGUUUGGAUUAAAGGGGUUCAAAGGCUAUGAAGGAUUACCUGGUCUCCCUGGCAGCAGAGGGCUGCAAGGUCCACCCGGGAUUCCUGGACCUCCAGGGCGGUCACUUAAUGUGACCUUGACUCAACUCAGGGACCUGAUGUAUGUCUCCGAUAGGCCCAAUUAUCUUCUGAUCCAGAGUCUGCUAGACUCUCUGCAGCUGGAGGUUCAUCUGCUAGUCGAUCCACCUAAUGGCAGCAAAGAACAUCCUGCCACCACCUGUUCCGAGCUCUGGCUCUGUCACCCUGAAUAUAACAAUGGAUUGUACUACAUCGACCCCAACCAAGGCAGCCCAGCUGACGCCUUGCUGGCAUACUGCAGCUUUUCCUCCACAUCGAAACAGACUUGCCUUCAUCCUCAAAACUCUCAGCUGCCCAUGAAAGCUUGGCUAGGAGAAUUUUCUGAAAAAAAGUCUUUUGAAUGGCUCAGCAGGCUGGACCAGGGGUUUCAGUUUUACUACCCAGGUGCAAAUGUGGUCCAGAUGCGUUUCCUAAGAUUACACAGUCGCACAGCUGUGCAGAAGGUGACUCAUUCUUGUCAUUCUGGACACACUUUGGGCCAGACAGGCAGAGAAAUCAAAUUUCUCGCUGACACAAGAAAGCAAAGUUACCUUGGAGCACUCAAAGAGUGUGUGCCUGCACAGGGGACGGUAUCUGGAGCUCGGGAGGCUGUGUUUGAGUUUGAGGACCUUCAGCUGCUUCCUUUGAGGGAUAUGGCUUUAAUGGGAGGUGGAAACGUGACACACCAGUUUGGCUUCACUGUUGGGCCUGUGUGUUUCAGCUAGAAGUUCGACGAAACUGUGCUGUGGCGAAGGACACACAGGUCUAGGACACACAUCCCACUUUAAAACACAAACACCAAGAAGACAAUUAGAGUAUAUUUUCAUGCUUUGGAGGACUCCUCUUGUUUUGGGUGAUUUUUUUUUGUUUGUUUGUUUUUUGGUGGAAUUUAAAAGCUCUUGUGUUCUUUCACAGAGCGGUCAGUUUUAUUGACAUUUAGCUAGCUUGUACUGGGUUAUUUAAUGUUUUCCUUAUUCAUAUACAAUGUUCUUAUUUUUUCGUUAUGUACUGUAUUUAGGACCUAUGUUAUAACUUGUUACUGUUGUACAGUAUAUAAAAGACUGACUGGCCUGCUUCAAACCAUUGGCCAUGUAUGACCAGGUCAUUGAUUGUACUCCCACUGCUUAGGUACUGUAAGUGAAGUCAUGUGUCACUUUUCUCACGGUGCUGAUAAAGUUUUAUUGAAAGAAGAACAUUUAAUUUCAAAUACAGUAGAAACAGGGCAGUCAUAUAAUCUUAUAAUUGUAUGUCUUUAACAUCUCAGGUACAAUAUGAUAUUUUUAUAACAUACACAUGGACACUAAAGCUACAAUAUGUUGGUGAGUUUAUGCACUUAAACUAAGAAUUAAAAGUUUUUACCAUAAGCUUUAACGGAUAAUUUCUUCAAGAUUCAAACUACCAGUGGAGUGAUCUAAUAACAUAUAUGUGAAGCCUAGGCUCGAUGCUCACCAAUUGGCUGCCACAAUAACAUUACCUGGUAGUAGAAAUCUUGUGGUGUUGGGUUAGCUUGGCUCAAAUUUAAAACUGGUCAUGACUGUCAGAACACAUGUAACAUGUAACCACAGACUAGUCAAAGUACCUAUGCUGAUUUCUGUUUAAUCUGUGUACAUAGGACUGACACUUCAGUGAAGAUACUGUACCAACAUUAUUUACAGUUGAUGCCACAGACUAUAUACUGUACUGUACUAUCAAGCCAUAACUCAGACACCAAAUGCAUAUUGUUCCACAACUGUCCACUUCAACCCAUACACUAUUUCUAUCUCUCCGCUUAACGCUUGCUAAAAAGGGCAGUAUUCAUUUGUUAAGAUGUAUAGGGCUUUUUAAAUAAAAAUACAUAUUAGCUGUUUUUAAAGAUUUACAUUGUUGGAAUAAUGAGUUUAAAGCUGAGAGCAGCAUUACUGAAAAGAGGUGCUUGAAUUUGUUGACGGUAAGAAAAAAAUCUUUCAGUCUUAAAAUUAAUCACUUAAAACGCCAAAUUAGAUCUGCCAGAUCUGCCAGUCACAAACAAGAUUAAAUCAAUGGAAAACCAAAAAUAAUAGAAUAAAUAAACAUUUAAUAAUCUGCCAAAAAUGCUGCUACUUAAAAAAAUAAUUAAAACAACAACCCAGAAGGUGAAAAGGAAACCUGAAAUUAAACAAGAAAAAAAACUACAGGUUACAUUAAGCUGAACCACAUUUCAGUCCUAGUCUGAGCACCUAUCAGCAAAUAUAAGUAAAGGAAAGCUUCUAUUUUUGUUGUUAAAAUUUUAAGCUAAACAUCCGGAGCUUAUAGAGCAUUUGCCUUUACACGACAAUACUAUCAUUUAUUUUUCACUGCACUGUAAAUGUUAUGUUUCAGUUUGACUGGAAACUAAGUGUGAAUAAAGUAUCCCACUCCAAGGGAGUAGAAGAUACAGCUGAGGAUGAUUUUGAGGAGUGAAGUUUACCAGUUCAUCCAAAACAGCGACUCUGAGGUUAGGACACAAGCCAAAGUUCAUGUUAAUGUACUGAUAACCACAGGUCUGCAAAUUGUGGCCUAAUGAUUUUGGACAAAAAUUUGACAUAUUAUUUUUAUAGCUUGAUUUGUCAUCAUUUGAUAUGAUUGCCUUAGCUGGCUGAGACUGAUCAUUGUUGUUACAGUAUAUAUGGUCUGUACAAAAUAUUUUAAAUAGGAAGUGACAUGCUGGACAUCUGUCUCAUGUGCUCUCUAUACAGUAGCUUACUGUAUAAUAAUGAUUAUUGAACUUUUUUAGAGAAUUAUGUUAGCUUAAUAAAAAUGCAUAACCAAA